GCGGUUGCGGGGCUUAGUCGCUGCCCGGGAACAAAUGUCACCAGGUGCAAGCCUCCGCGUUCGGCCGCCGUGAUGUCCAUGAUGCGCUGAGAGUCUGAAUUUCGUUUUAUUUCGAAAUUCACCAUAUGGUAAAGGAACUCUUAUAUUCAAAGGUACCUCGCCUACGGGAUCCUGUUGGAUGAUGCAGUGCUGUUUUUGGCUAUUCCAUCAUACAUAGUAGCUUGGUUGCUACACCGCUGCUGAGGUGGGGUUAACAUUCAGGUGCCCAACCGAUAUUUAUUUCUGUUGGAGUUCUCCGCAUAGCGGGCUUGCGUUCUACCUUUUUCUCCGUAUGCAUCUCUAUCACUUUUCACCCCCCUCACACCUUUUAAGGCUCCUAGCACACUAUUCGCAAUGGCAGCUUCCCUUUCCGGCCCGGGCAACGACUUGAGGGGAAUCCUGGCGGCCCUCGAAAAGAUACAGGUUGACAAUUCCCACUUGUCCAGUUCCGUCGAGGAAAUAAAGGAGAAAGUUGAGUUACUAGCUACCCAUGAUGAUAUUCCUGAGCCCGACGCAAAGGAUGAAGCUCAAGUGCUCGGGUCUGCGCCAGCCCCAGCAGGAAAAUAUACUCCGCGUAAAACUUCUGGAACCUCUCGCAUUAUUCUUACCACUUACCCCGGCCAAUCUGGGAUAAACCCCAUAGUUAUGGACUGGGGGAACUCUGAUCCAAUCAAACGAGGACCAGUCGUAGUGAGCAGACACCCUGACACGGUGAAGAAAAGAAACGCGAUCGGUGCUCAUGGUGGUUCCUAUUCCAUAUACUACGCUCUUGCUGUAGCCAGCAAAGAUCUCAAUGUUGACCACCGCCCCGAUUUCACUAAUACGGAGCCUCCCGUCAACAUUGGGCCUUUCCCCCAGUGGACAGAUCCGAAAAAGAUAGUUUCAAUGGAUCCAUGGGGCCAUCGUGCUCCAUUCGACUUCACUGAGAUGAUCAAAAAGGGAGGCGUGGAUAUUCGGCCCACUAUUGCCGUCACAAAAGCGCAUAUGAAAUUGCCCGAAUUGAAGCAGAGUGUCGAGACCGGCAGGUUGAAGGUGGACGGGAAAAUAUGCCUGAAUGAGUCCGGGGAGCUGGCUGUGACGAAGAUCGCUGUUGAACCAGUCUGGUACCUGCCAGGCGUAGCGGAAAGAUUUGGCAUCGAUGAAGGCACUCUGCGCAGAUCACUUUUCGAAAAUACAGGCGGUUCAUACCCAGAGCUUAUCACCAGGGGUGAUAUCAAGCUGUUCCUUCCACCCAUUGGAGGCUUAACGGUGUACUGCUUCGGCGACCCUGCCAGGAUGUCCGACCCAAAUGUGAAAUUGGCUCUUCGAGUUCAUGACGAAUGUAACGGCAGUGACGUUUUCGGAUCUGAUAUCUGUACCUGCCGCCCUUACUUAAUCUUCGGGAUAGAAGAAGCUGUCAAGGAGGCUCAGCAUGGGGGGAGUGGUGUUGUCAUUUACUUUCGAAAGGAGGGUCGGGCCCUUGGAGAAGUCACAAAAUACUUGGUCUACAAUGCCCGGAAGCGAGGAUCUGAUCGUGCCAGUGAAUAUUUCAAAAGAACUGAAAAUAUUGCUGGAGUCAAGGACAUGCGCUUUCAAGCUCUUAUGCCAGACAUCUUACACUGGCUGGGUAUUACCAAAAUCGAUCGCAUGUUGAGCAUGUCGAACAUGAAACACGAUGCAAUCGUUGAACAAGGCAUACCGAUCCAUGAGCGAGUCCCCAUACCAGAUGAUUUGAUUCCCGAAGACAGUCGGGUAGAAAUCGAUGCAAAAAUCCACGCUGGUUACUUCACUACCGGCAAGGUCUUGAGUGCGGAUGAGCUUUCCAAGGUGCAAGGGCGCGCGUGGGAAGAUGUUGAUCAUUGAGAGGGAGGUUGUCGGGCCCCGUCCAUCAUAAUGGGGAUAAGCCACUUCCGGGAAGGUGUCGCAGAAUGAAGUACAACGCCAGUAACGAAGCCGUGAGGCCAUUUUCCUCGUUUCUUCUGUUUUCCCUUGAUGAUCCAUAUGGCGUAGUUUUACUAGAAAGUUUCAGGAAUACAUACUCACUAUCUAAUGUAACAUGGAAAUGUUUUAUUUAAAUACCUGGUCAUCUGGACAAUUGAACUUGCUAGCCAUCAUCCCCUGGGCUUAGGAACACAAAUGAGUAGAGAAAAACCAAGCCUGAGCCAUACGCAUGCGAUUGCCCCAUAUUUCCGCCAAGACAUUCCGGGCGUAGGGUUUUCUGG